AACCGUUACUUAAGAAAAAUUUAAAUAAAAACAUUUAAAACCGGCCGGAUGUUAUUGUGAAUAGAACAGUUUGUACUUUCAGCGGAGUGGCUUCCUCUCUCUUCUUUCCGGUAACAAAUCGACUAAAACAGCUGGUAGGUAGUUAGUUAACCGAUGUCAUUAAACCGUUAUUCCCUGCUGUGUGGCCGUUAUUUGAGAUGAAUCGGGAUUUAUAAAAUGUGUCUGCGGGGAAUGGGGAAAUGGGGAAUACACAGUGAUCUCAACAUAGACGUUAAGAGGAGAGAGAGAGAAAAUAGAAUACGUGUACAGUUCGAAGCGGGAGUUACUGGCUAUGUCUUGGCAGGACAGGCCCUGGAUGAUUGCAGGAAACCGCAGUGGAAGGAAGGAGAAAGGGAGAGAGAGAGAGGGGAAAGAGAGAGUGAUUGUCUUUGUGCUAGAGAGAGAGAGGUUGCCUAAAGAGAGGGUGAUUGUAUUUGUGCUAGAGAGAGAGAGAGAGAUCCACUGGGCUCACCACACCAUUUCAAAGUGGACAUGUGGGUAAUAUUUGGUUGAGACGUUGAUAAUCAUGGGACUGUUUCAACAACUGUUUCUUAAACAUUGUGGAUAUAGUGCUCCAUGGAAAACCAUAAGAAUUAAACAAAGAACUGAACAUUGGAUGAAUCAGGAAAUCCUUGAGGCCAUUAAAUUAAGACUAUAACAGAACCAAAGAGGAAGAUGCUUUCACUAGACACAGAACCCCAAGGAUGUACUGGAGGGUCGGGUCCAAGGUUAUUACUCCAAGAUGGAUGUACUGGAGGGUCGGGUCCUAGGUUAUUACUCCAAGAUGGAUGUACUGGAGGGUCGGGUCCUAGAUUAUUACUCCAAGAUGGAUGUACUGGAGGGUCGGGUCCUAGGUUAUUACUCCAAGAUGGAUGUACUGGAGGGUCGGGUCCUAGGUUAUUACUCCAAGAUGGAUGUACUGGAGGGUUGGGUCCUAGGUUAUUACUCCAAGAUGGAUGUACUGGAGGGGAGGGUCCUAGGUUAUUACUCCAAGAUGGAUGUACUGGAGGGUCGGGUCCUAGGUUAUUACUCCAAGAUGGAUGUACUGGAGGGGAGGGUCCUAGGUUAUUACUCCAAGAUGGAUGUACUGGAGGGGAGGGUCCUAGGUUAUUACUCCAAGAUGGAUGUACUGGAGGGGAGGGUCCUAGGUUAUUACUCCAAGAUGGAUGUACUGGAGGGUCGGGUCCUAGGUUAUUACUCCAAGAUGGAUGUACUGGAGGGGAGGGUACUAGGUUAUUACUCCAAGAUGGAUGUACUGGAGGGUCGGCUCCAAGGUUAUUACUCCAAGAUGGAUGUACUGGAGGGUCGGGUCCUAGGUUAUUACUCCAAGAUGGAUGUACUGGAGGGUCGGGUCCUAGGUUAUUACUCCAAGAUGGAUGUACUGGAGGGUCGGGUCCUAGAUUAUUACUCCAAGAUGGAUGUACUGGAGGGUCGGGUCCUAGGUUAUUACUCCAAGAUGGAUGUACUGGAGGGGAGGGUCCUAGGUUAUUACUCCAAGAUGGAUGUACUGGAGGGUCGGGUCCUAGGUUAUUACUCCAAGAUGGAUGUACUGGAGGGUCGGGUCCUAGGUUAUUACUCCAAGAUGGAUGUACUGGAGGGUCGGGUCCUAGGUUAUUACUCCAAGAUGGAUGUACUGGAGGGUCGGGUCCUAGGUUAUUACUCCAAGAUGGAUGUACUGGAGGGGAGGGUCCUAGGUUAUUACUCCAAGAUGGAUGUACUGGAGGGGAGGGUCCUAGGUUAUUACUCCAAGAUGGAUGUACUGGAGGGGAGGGUCCUAGGUUAUUACUCCAAGAUGGAUGUACUGGAGGGGAGGGUCCUAGGUUAUUACUCCAAGAUGAAUGUACUGGAGGGGAGGGUCCUAGGUUAUUACUCCAAGAUGGAUGUACUGGAGGGUCGGGUCCUAGGUUAUUACUCCAAGAUGGAUGUACUGGAGGGUCGGGUCCUAGGUUAUUACUCCAAGAUGGAUGUACUGGAGGGUCAGGUCCUAGGUUAUUACUCCAAGAUGGAUGUACUGGAGGGUCGGGUCCUAGGUUAUUACUCCAAGAUGGAUGUACUGGAGGGUCGGGUCCUAGGUUAUUACUCCAAGAUGGAUGUACUGGAGGGUCGGGUCCUAGGUUAUUACUCCAAGAUGGAUGUACUGGAGGGGAGGGUCCUAAGUUAUUACUCCAAGAUGGAUGUACUGGAGGGUCGGGUCCUAGGUUAUUACUCCAAGAUGGAUGUACUGGAGGGGAGGGUCCUAGGUUAUUACUCCAAGAUGGAUGUACUGGAGGGUCGGGUCCUAGGUUAUUACUCCAAGAUGGAUGUACUGGAGGGUCGGGUCCUAGGUUAUUACUCCAAGAUGGAUGUACUGGAGGGGAGGGUCCUAGGUUAUUACUCCAAGAUGGAUGUACUGGAGGGGAGGGUCCUAGGUUAUUACUCCAAGAUGGAUGUACUGGAGGGUCGGGUCCUAGGUUAUUACUCCAAGAUGGAUGUACUGGAGGGGAGGGUACUAGGUUAUUACUCCAAGAUGGAUGUACUGGAGGGUCGGCUCCAAGGUUAUUACUCCAAGAUGGAUGUACUGGAGGGUCGGGUCCUAGGUUAUUACUCCAAGAUGGAUGUACUGGAGGGUCGGGUCCUAGGUUAUUACUCCAAGAUGGAUGUACUGGAGGGCCGGGUCCUAGAUUAUUACUCCAAGAUGGAUGUACUGGAGGGUCGGGUCCUAGGUUAUUACUCCAAGAUGGAUGUACUGGAGGGGAGGGUCCUAGGUUAUUACUCCAAGAUGGAUGUACUGGAGGGUCGGGUCCUAGGUUAUUACUCCAAGAUGGAUGUACUGGAGGGUCGGGUCCUAGGUUAUUACUCCAAGAUGGAUGUACUGGAGGGUCGGGUCCUAGGUUAUUACUCCAAGAUGGAUGUACUGGAGGGUCGGGUCCUAGGUUAUUACUCCAAGAUGGAUGUACUGGAGGGGAGGGUCCUAGGUUAUUACUCCAAGAUGGAUGUACUGGAGGGGAGGGUCCUAGGUUAUUACUCCAAGAUGGAUGUACUGGAGGGGAGGGUCCUAGGUUAUUACUCCAAGAUGGAUGUACUGGAGGGGAGGGUCCUAGGUUAUUACUCCAAGAUGAAUGUACUGGAGGGGAGGGUCCUAGGUUAUUACUCCAAGAUGGAUGUACUGGAGGGUCGGGUCCUAGGUUAUUACUCCAAGAUGGAUGUACUGGAGGGUCGGGUCCUAGGUUAUUACUCCAAGAUGGAUGUACUGGAGGGUCGGGUCCUAGGUUAUUACUCCAAGAUGGAUGUACUGGAGGGUCGGGUCCUAGGUUAUUACUCCAAGAUGGAUGUACUGGAGGGUCGGGUCCUAGGUUAUUACUCCAAGAUGGAUGUACUGGAGGGUCGGGUCCUAGGUUAUUACUCCAAGAUGGAUGUACUGGAGGGGAGGGUCCUAAGUUAUUACUCCAAGAUGGAUGUACUGGAGGGUCGGGUCCUAGGUUAUUACUCCAAGAUGGAUGUACUGGAGGGGAGGGUCCUAGGUUAUUACUCCAAGAUGGAUGUACUGGAGGGUCGGGUCCUAGGUUAUUACUCCAAGAUGGAUGUACUGGAGGGUCGGGUCCUAGGUUAUUACUCCAAGAUGGAUAUACAAGCGGAUGCCUUUUCCUUUUCCUACAGCAGUGUCUCAGGCUGAAGGUGUCAAGAGACUGUCUGAACUAAACUGCUAUAAAGCUAUAGGCCUCAACAAUAUCCCUGCCAGGUUUUAACCUGCUAUAAAGCUAUAGGCCUCAACAAUAUCCCUGCCAGGUUUUAACCUGCUGUAAAGCUAUAGGCCUCAACAAUAUCCCUGCCAGGUUUUAACCUGCUAUAAAGCUAUAGGCCUCAACAAUAUCCCUGCCAGGUUUUAACCUGCUGUAAAGCUAUAGGCCUCAACAAUAUCCCUGCCAGGUUUUAACCUGCUAUAAAGCUAUAGGCCUCAACAAUAUCCCUGCCAGGUUUUAACCUGCUAUAAAGCUAUAGGCCUCAA